AUGUUACCCAUCCGAGCCAGCGGGCCCAAGAAGAAAAGUCUGGUGCCCAACUUGAUAGAAAAGGGCCUGAUUGUCCUCCGGAAGGUGGCCAGCCGGGACGAACAGGCCCCAGAAUGGAAACUCCGCCAACAGCAGCGCUCCCUCAGCAAGUCGGCUCAGGCCAUCUGCCGCUACUACAAGAAGCUGAGAGACUUCAACCAGGACGCCAGCCCCCAGGACAGCGGCUUCGUGUCUGAAAUGGAGGAGCUUCGGCGCAAGUUCCUCAAGCGUCCCGGCUGCCCGCAGUUCAGCACCAGGUCUACAUCCAUGAGCCACUACGGUGAGUCCAUGACCCUCUCUCUGCCUGAGGACACAGGCGUCAGCCCUGAGACCUGGAAGGGGGCCGAGAACCUGCUCUCCAGCCAGCAAGGCUUGGACGUGAAGGUGGACGGCCGCCUCCUUCCCCUUAGCAAGAGUGCCUGUGAAUUCAACUACCUGCGGAAGAAGAGCGAGUCCCAGGUGCUGAGCCCGACUCCCAGCAGCCCCGACCUGGGGCAGAGCUACCCGAGGAAGCGGGUACCCUGGUACAUCUCCAUCAUCCAUGAGAAGAACCAGAGUCUGUUGGCAUUGGGGGAGGAAGUCCAACGCCUCUCGGAGAUGGAAGCGCAGGUUCAGAAGAGACAGGAAGAGAUCCUGGCUCUCCAGGAGGAGAGGGAGGCCCUGAGGAAGCAGCUGAAAUGCCUCCUGAAGAGUAAGAGCCUGGAGGCUAUGCCCAGCCAUGUCUUGCAGGAGUGGCCGUUGGAGUUUGUGCCGAAGCUGCAGGGAAGACAGAGCACCCUCAGAACCUUCCGAGAUGAGGAGGACGCGGAGCACUGGCGGCAGCAGCAGGAAGAGUGCGACAGAGGCAAGGAGCUGGAAGGAGGCGACUACGAGGAGGAAGAGUAUCUGGAAGGGCAGGCCAAGAGGGCAGCGGACAAAGGGGCGAGGGCUAGAGCCAGCAGGAGGGAAGCUCUGCAGGAGAGCAGAAGCAAGGAGGAGGCGGUGGCCGUGGUAACUGCGCAGGAGGAUGAGGACGAGGACAGAGAUGGGUAUGGGGCCGGGGAGGUGGAGGAAGAGGACAAGGAGGAGGUGAUGGAGCUGGAUGAGGAGAAGGAGCUGCAGGAGGAGGAGGCCAUGGCCAGGAGGUGGGGCGGCUUCGUGGAUGACACUUUUGAGGAGGAGCUGAUGGCCCAGCUGGAGGAGUACGAGCAGCUGAUCCAGGAGUUCCAGUUUCAGCUUGAGAUCACCGGGACCAGAUACUCCCUGGCAACAGGAGCCAUCAAGUCUUUACAGCGACAGGUGGAAUUCCAAGAGUCGCAAUUGCUGAAAAUCAACACGGAGAAUGAGAUGUUGCAGAAGGAGCUGCGAGAGCGGAAGAAACAGCUGCAGGCCAUGUCUGACAAGUUCUCCAACCUCCGGGAAGACAAGAAGUACCAGGAAACAAUGGGCCUCAUCGAGAACAACAACCUCCUCCUCAGACAGCAAGUGUCAGAGCUGGAGAGUGAACUGGCCAAGAGGGAAAAGACCAUCUCGGAGCUGGAGGCCAAGGUCAACCAGCUGCAGAACCAGGUGAAUCAGAGCCAGAACCACCUGCAGAGGCGGAAGCAGCUCCAGGAGGAGAUGCAGAACAAGAACGAGAUGAUCCAGCACGCAGAGCAGCAGGCCCGCGAGGCCCUGGAAUAUGCCCAGGCCAGGCUUGAAAGACUGAGGAACAAGAUCAUCCAGGCCACCUUCAACACCAUAGGGAUCAAGAACUUGGCCACUGAGAUAUCUGACAAUGACAUCCUGGAAGGCUUGCAGAGGAUCAUCUCAGACCGAAUAGACUACUACAACCAGCUGAAACAGAAGGGGGUCAAGGUGCCCCCCCUGCAGCAGAUGGAGAUCUUAUCCUCACCCAGCAAGUCCAAGAAGAUAAGCUCCAAGGAGGCCCAGCUCAGACCCUAG